GCGGGGGCGGGCGCUCUCCCCGCCGCCAGUCGUACGGUCCGGGGGAGGCCCUUGGCGGCGGCGGGGGCGGCGCGGCCGCGGCGAGCCCGGCGGGGAGCGGAGCGGGGAGCGGGGCCGAGCUCCGGCGGGCCGAUGGCGUUCAGCGCCUGGCAGAUCCUCUCGCCGGUGCAGUGGGCCCGGUGGACCUGGUCGGCGGUGCGGGGCGGGGGCGGCCCCGAAGGGGGGGACGGCGGGGCGGCGGCGGAGGAAGACUCGCCGGCUCUCGGCUUCAGCUCGGACUCCGAAGGUAAUUUUGAGACCCCUGAAGCAGAAACGCCGACCUGCUCGCCGGUAAAGGAGUUCUGCGAGCCACCGCCACCGGGAUCGCCGGAGCCUGAGGCCGGGACCCAAGAGCCCGGUGGCCAUGGUGACCUGCUGGUAGGGGAAGCCGACCAGGACAGCUCGCCUGGGAAGCCCCCCAAAGAUGAGGCUCAACCAGAGACCGGAGCCCCUAAAGCCAACUCGGAUACUAAAGGGGAACCUGACCCUGCAGACGCGUCCCUGACACAGUCGCCGGCCGGACCCCAGCCCCCGGCCGGACCCCAGCCCCCAGCCACGCUGGGAAGCGGGGCUGGCACUGGCUGCACCGCCGUGCCCGCUGCAGAGCCAGCCCCGGUGCCCCAUGCCGGCAGAGCUGCCCGGGAGCGCGUCAUGUCAGGAGAGGAUGCGGCUGACGCCGGCACGGGGCUGGUGGAGCCGAGGGCUGGUGCUCUGGCCCGGGAGAGCUCACCCAGCCGGGGCCAGCUCGGGAAGGAGAAACCCCCUUCGCUGGGGAGGAAGAUGGAAGAAACCACAGAGGAGACCCCGCUGCCCCGAGCAUCCUACCAGUUCGACCCCGAGCAGUACGACGAGAGUGUAAACCCCUUCGUGGCCGGGGGCUGCCGGCUGCAGAGCUCCCCCCCAGCAGCCCCGCGCCACCUCUCCCAGCCCAGCGGCACCCCUGGGGACCUGGGCGGGGACCUGGCCCUGGAGCCCAAGGAGCAGGUCCCGAAACCUGAGGUCGAUGGUACGGAGGGGAGGGAGAGCCCCGAGGCCAGGAGAGCUACGCCAAGGAAGGGCAGCAGGAUCCCGGCCAGCAAGCUGACGCCGAAGAGACACCGAGAGUCCCCCAAGAAACCAGCCGAGGACGCGGAGAGGGGUCCCACGGAGCCGCCGCCUCCCCGGGGCUCCCCCCGGCUGGGUCCCGCGCUCUGGGACAGCCCGGGGCUCAACCCGCUGCAGCACUCGCCGACGCUCCCCAAGGGCUCUUACCAGUUCGACCCCAAUAACUUUGACUCCGUGGAUCCCUUCAAGCCCACCAAGACCCUCGCCAGCACCGCCCCCGACUCCUGCCCCGCCGCCGAGAACAGCCUCAACGAAAUCCUCGAGUCCCAGACGCUGGAGGUGCAGGACGAUCUCGCGAAAGGCAGAGACUCCCCGCAGAAGCCCAAGUCGCGCCUGAUAACGACUACUGAACAAGUGAAAUUUCUCUGUUUUCUGUUGAGCGGCUGCAAGGUGAAGCACUACGAGACGCAGUCCCUGGCCCUGGACGUUGGCGCUCAGGAUGAAGGAGCGUUGAUCUCAGAAAUCCCAGAUAUUGCAAAUCGGGACGGACAUGCCACUGAUGAGGAGAAGCUGGCCUCCACCACCUCCGCGCAGAAACCGGCCGGGCUGGAGAAGAAGGGUGAGCCAGAAGAUGACCUGGAGUACUUUGAGUGCUCCAACGUUCCCGUGCCGGCGGUGAAGCAGGGCACGGAGGCAGGUUUUGAAGAGGAGAUCUCCAAGCAGACGGAAAAGGAUGGGCCCGGCAUCUUCCCUGGCAAUCCGGGGCUGUGCUCCAUGGACAAGCCCCCCACGGCUGUCACCGGCGUGAGCAGGAGCGAGAGUCCCCUGGACGGCAUCUGCCUCAGUGAAUGCGAGAAGACGGCCGUGCUCACGCUCAUCAGAGAGGAGAUAAUCACAAAGGAGAUCGAAGCCAACGCGUGGAAGAAGAAGUAUGAAGAGAGCCGCCAGGAGGUCCUGGAGAUGAGGAAAAUCGUGGCUGAGUAUGAGAAGACCAUUGCGCAGAUGAUAGAGGAUGAGCAGAGGACAAACAUGACGUCUCAGAAGAACCUGCAGCAGCUCACGAUGGAAAAGGACCAGGCUCUGGCAGACCUAAACUCGGUGGAGAGGUCCCUGUCGGAUCUCUUCAGGAGAUAUGAAAACCUGAAGGGCGUCCUAGAAGGCUUUAAGAAGAAUGAAGAAGCUCUGAAGAAGUGUGCCCAAGAUUACUUAACCCGCGUCAAGCAAGAGGAGCAGCGGUAUCAGGCCCUGAAAAUCCACGCAGAAGAAAAAUUAGACAAAGCCAACGAGGAGAUCGCCCAGGUGCGCACCAAGGCCAAAGCAGAGAGCGCGGCGCUGCAUGCCGGGCUGCGCAAGGAGCAGAUGAAGGUGGAGUCCCUGGAGAGAGCCCUGCAGCAGAAGAACCAGGAGAUUGAGGAGCUGACCAAGAUCUGCGACGAGCUGAUAGCGAAGCUGGGGAAGACAGACUGAGCCUCGCCGCCCCUCGCCCAGCGCCCUGCACUUGGCCGCUUUUCUCCUGACGCCGAGCACCUUGCCUUACCGCCCGGGGACCCCGACAGAGAAGCACACGCGUCCGGACGCCUGCUCCGCCUGGCUGCUGGUCCCCGCGCUGUCCCCGGGCAGAGCCGAGCCGGUCCCCGCGCUGUCCCCGGGCAGAGCCGGUCCCCACGCUCCCCCGUCUCUCCCCAGGGCCUCUGGGAUGGGUUCCCUGCGGCCGGGCUGGCUGUGCAUGUCCCUCCUGCGGUCCACAGCAAGUGGCCACCACGCUGUCCCUCUGCACGGAUGUCACCUCUCAGCUGGGAGGUGACACCCCGGGCUCUGUCCCCACCUCGGCUGGGCUGGGUUGGGUCUAGUUGUGCCCCUACGCGCUCUGUCACUUAUUGUCCUCACGUGUUCCUUUGCACAGGUCCUGCCCCGAGACGUGGGCGAUGCAGGGGUUGGAGCCGCUGGCUCUUGCACUGGGGAAGGGGAGCUGGCACGUGGGUGCACGGCGAAGGGGCUCGGGGACCCCAGGCACCCGCCACAGGUGGUCUGGGGCCACCAGCGUGAAUGCCGUGGCUUAAGCAGCCUCCCAGUACAUCAGCGGGUUUUGGGGCUGGUCCCAGGCUCUGGUACACGGGUGAAAGGCAGCACAGCGCAUCCUCGUCCCUGGCUGUGCCAGCCUGGGAGGAAGGAAGCCCACGUCUCUGCAUUCGUGCACUUUAUUAGCAUUUAUGAGCACUCUGGCUCUCUGCUCACUUCUUCCCGUCGGGCACGGUCCUGCCACACGUCUCGUUCCCCCAGGAGCACGGGUACGGCCACUUCACCAGUAGUAAUUUAAGUCCCCUCAAAGGAGAGCCCGGCCGAGGGGAGGGCAGGAGGCUUCUGCUCCAAGAGGCGUUUCAGAAAUGGGGAGAUGUUGGUUCUGGGGAGCUGGGACCAUCCGUCUGUCUUCCCUGUCCCUUCCCUGGCACCUCCUGAGGCUUGUUAACGCGGGGUUUCCAGUCUGCUUUACAAUCCGCAAAGCCAAGGCUUGUGCUGCUGUUUCCCCACGCCGCGGGGAGGUCGGUUCCCCACCGUGGGUGCUGCAGGGGGAAGGACGCAAACCCUGAGCUGCUUCGCCCUUCGCCGACUUCAGCCCUUUCCCCAGUCCCUGCAGAGCGGCAGGGCGGCGCGCAGCACUGCCCCGGCUCUUGUGCUGCUGUCAAAAACACCCUCACAGCACUGGAUGUUGAGAGAAGCAAACAAAAGCCAGCCUUCACAGGCAAAGGCAGAUCCAGGCAGCAGUAAAACACGCUUUGAAAUCUGUCUGGAUGCAGCCCAAAACCCGACUCUCCACGCAGGCUGCCUGCUCCGUCUCGGAGGUGUUUGCUUUUCUGGACACGCCAAGCUGCAGCAGGAUUGCUGAGGUCGCCUUUGUGCUGUGCGGGGAAGCGGGGGGCUCUGUGGGGGGGGCACGGUGUGUUUAAAUCCCCGUCUAGAUCCCAUCCGUGCCCUGGUAACGCCGUUGCAUGAGCCAGCCUUGCCUUGCUGCAGUGCGGGGCCGUAUUUUCCUGGCUGCGGUGCCCUGGGCGCAGCGCUCGGUGUCCGGAGCAGUAACCAGUGCCGUGGGGAUGCCGUGGGGCUGGGGCAUGCCAUGGGGGUGCCAUGGGGAUGCCAUGGGGUGCUGUGGGGCUGUGGGUGCUGCCCCUUGGGCAGAACCAUCCCCUCCUGCAGAAGGCAGAUGGACAGGAUCGGGCAGCAGCUGCAGUGGUGGAGGGUUCUCUACCGUCGCCCUGGAGGGGUAGUUGUAAAGCAUCACGCAGGGGAAAUACUCGCUGUUUGGACUGUUCCCUACCCAGCCUAUCUAAGACUUUCAAAAACCUUUUUGCUGCUACCUUUUUGUAAAAGAAUUGAGCUGUUUUCCUUCUAUUUUCUAAUUGCCUGUGUUGAGCAUGCAGUGCAAACAUCUGUUUAAAUCAGAGCCAUACACCUGAUAUAUAUUUUAUUAGUUAUAUUAUGUAUAGAGAGAAUUUAUUAUACAGUUAAGCAGACAAAGAUGCCAGCAGCCUGCCCUGGCACGCAGAGCGCGGGCCUGUUCACCGUGCUCCCAGUUAGCCCAGUGAACGGGCUGGUGGCCAUGCAGUGGGGAAGCCGGUGGCUGACAGCGCUCGGGGCUGCGUGCUGAAUGCUCACCCCUUUGCACAGCUGACAGAAAGGAAAAAACUUUUUUCCCCUCGUUUUUUUCCUCUUUUCUUUCUCUGUCCUUCUCACGCGUCCCUCCAACGGGCUGGUGGACGGUAGAAAAGCCUCUGUCAGAUGCUCUGCGGGGGCUGUUUCUUUUGGGGGAGUCGAAGUGCCAGCCCCAGCCUGCUGGAGCCUGACUCCCCUUCCCUCUGUUUCACCAGCCGUUGGGUUUUGCACCGCUCUCCUCCUCCUCCUCCUCCUCCUCCUCCUCCUCCUCCUCCUCCUCCUCCUCCUCCUCCUCUUCUCGUGCGCAUCCCGCUGCAGAGCAGCUUCCCCGCCUGGCUGAGGGACCCUUCCCGGGCCGGUGACAGCAGGGUGACCCCCGGAAGGUGCUGCCCCUUUGGACCUUCUGAGGGUCCGUGCAGUUAAAUUAAACCCUUUGAGACCCGGGGGUUUCUGAGGGAGUUGGUUUUGGUUUUUUUUUCUCUUUGCCAACUGUUCAGAAAUGGGGGCGAGCAGGUGACCAGAGCAGCGUUGCACAAGCUCAUUAAAAGUCGAUUUGGGGCUCGUUUCUGGUUUUGCCCGGGUUUGCUGUGGUGCUGGUCGUGACAGUCGCGAUGGCCCGGGUCCGGUGCCAUGGAGCCGCAGCACCGGAGGCCGGUCUGGGCAGGGACCGGAGGUGACGGAGCCCCCAGCCCGGUGCCCUGCGCGGGGACACGCUGCCCCGCGGGGUGGCUUUGCAGGAGGUGUGUGUGCCCCACGCCGGCUGGGGGUCGCUACGUCCCACUUUGCCCUGAGGGAUGGAAAUCGGUUUCGGUGGCCGGCGGGGACGAUGAGCCGUGCCUGGGCCAGGUUUGCUGUUCCAGGGCCAGCUGAGGAGCCCAGUGACCGGCUCGGGGCCGGGGCUGGCUGGGAGCCCACCGCAGCGCGUCCGAGGUCGGUUGGUCUCGGGGGUGUUGUUCUGGCCCCAGAGGUGGCAGAAAAUUGCAGAAGUUUUGAUUUCAGUGCUGACCCAACCCGCGUUCGGCACGGCCCCGUGCCCCGGCAGCCCCCUCCCGGUGGCCGGGACGCGGAGAGGGGCUCCGUGGCAAUACCCCGCGCUGGCAGCGUGUCCCCCCCCGUCCCUGCUCCCUGCCCUCUCCUCUCCCGCCUCGCUGCCCCUCUCGCCCCAGCGCGGUGGCGUUCCUGUGCCUGUCAGCAUGCACCUCCGGUCUGGGCAAAGAAGAUUCCUAAGGAAUGAUUUAUUAACUAUAAUAUGGUUAUAGUUACAUAUAAAAAAAUAUAUAUAUGCUGGUUAUAGUUAUAUAUAAUAGAAGGCGUGUGUUUGUAACUGUAAAGGGGCAGGACCGUUGGGUCCCGGCGGCAGCGGGAGGGGAGCGCAGCGGUUCCCCGCACGCCUCGCGACGCCGAGGGCACGCAAACGCCGCCGAGCCGCGGGACCAGCGCCGGGAAACUCCGCACAUACCCCCGCGUCGGGAUCGCGGCCUGGCUGUGUUUGCCCUCUUUUUUUUCUUUUUUUUUUUUUUUUUUUUUUCCCUUGCAAGUAGAGUUUCAGUGUCCCUUUCUGCGAGCGGCGGGUGCCUGCCCCGGCGCCGCUGGUGUUGCUGUGCGCGAGUGUGCAUUUGCCGGCAGAUCUCUGUCUACAAUGAAGUGCCAACGAGUAACCCCCCCGACUGCAAAUCGUCCCCCCCCAGAGGCAGGAACUUUCUCUGCAUUGACUACUACCCCCAUCGCGGUGUACCAUGUAUGUAACUGCCAUCGCCAUCAAUUUUGUAUGUACGAUAAUUUUCCCUUUUAUAUGUCAGGUAAAUAUUUGUAAGAGUUAUACUCACACAAAUGAGAUUAUUAUAAUGAUUACUAAUAUAUUUUUUUUUUCCAUGUUUCAUUG